AACUCUUGGCAGUAAACAAACAUGGCCGGCCGGACGCAUGCUGAAGACUGUGUGAUAGAGCGAAGAUUACGACCGAUAUAUGAAUGGCUAGACUCGGGGACAAACAAGAAGGCUGUGCAGGAGGCAGACAAGGUGCUGCGCAAACAGCCGACGCUUCACUGUGCGAGGGUGCUGAAGGGGCUGGCACUGCUGCGGAUGGGUCGGCGAGAGGAGUGCCUGGCGCUGGUGGGGCAGGUGGUGAAGGAGGCGCCGUCUGAUGAGACCACACUGCAGGCACUCACCAUCUGCUACCGGGAGAUGCACCAACCUGAACAGAUCUGCCGGGUGUAUGAGGUGGCUGUGAAGAGUGAGCCAGGUAACGAGGAGCUGCUGUCACACCUGUUCAUGUCGUAUGUACGUGUGGGCGACUACAAGAACCAGCAACACACCGCCAUGAAAUUGUACAAACUGCGCCCUAAGAACCCUUACUACUUCUGGGCUGUCAUGAGUCACGUUAUGCAGGCCCACAAGAGUGUGGACCCUAAGGGGAAGGAAGUCAGCCUGCUUUUGGCGGAGAGAAUGGUUAAUAACUUUGUGAAGAACAGCAAGAUUGAGGCGGAAGCAGAAGUGAUGACUUACCUGCAUAUAUUGGAGACUCAGGGCAAGUAUGUGGAGGCGCUAGCUGUUCUGGACGGUCCACUCGCUGCUAAGGUCAUCCACCAACCAGAGAACUUCCUGGCCCUCCACCGCGGCAAAUACCACACGCGGCUUGGACAGUUUGCGGCAGCGGCAGCGGUCUAUCGGGACCUUAUACAGAAAGAACCUGACAACUGGCAGCACUACAUCGAAUACAUCAACUCUAUCAUCCGCACCACCACCACCACCACCACCACUUCUGCGGAUGACCCCCUUGUGGAGGCAUCUCGUUUCCUGACAGGGGUGCAGGGGAAGGCAGUGGAGGAGAACAGCAAGGACAGAGGACCCCUGCUUGGCCUUCUACAGCUUGCCAGGGUGUUGAAGGACGCUGGGAAGGAGGACAGAAUAGAGGAGCUGUGUGGUGACCCCAGUGACCUGCUGUUGACGUACAUUAAGGUGUAUGGUGACAAGAUGUGCUGUUAUGGCGAUGUUGUCAACUUCCUGCCCCUCAUCAGUGAAGAGAGGGCAACUGGACUGCUGGAACGGGUCAGAAACUUGUCUAGGGUCACCUCAGCGGGCAUACCCAUCGAUGUAGAGGCAGUUCACCGUGACCUGUGUUGGCACCAGCUGCGGCGUGCCCUGGGUCAGCAGGAGGCACUCACCGCGGAGCAACACCAGUCCUUCGCCAACACCCUCGUCCACCGCUACACCGCCACACAGAACCUGGCUGCUAAUAUGGCUGACACUGAUAUUAGGCCAGAAGAUGCAUACUUGAUAUUAGCAGCACACAGUUACCUGAAGGCGAUCCAGCUAGCGUCCUUGUCUUCCUCCCCUCCCCCCGCUAACCAAGGGGAGGGGGAGGCAGGGGAUGGGGCUGGGGGGAUGCACGGAGAGUCUGUCCACCCCCCCACACUCAUCAUUCGACUGGCGGCCAUCUUGGAAAGGGGUAUCGAGAGGACGAAAGCAAAUUUUCAGCUUAAGCUUUUAUUAAUCAAGGUCUACAAUAUGCUAGGAGCGACAGGAGCAGCCUGGAGUGUGUAUGAGCGUUGUGACAUGAAGCACAUACAGCUGGACACCCUGGGACAUGUGUUGGCACUGCAGGCACUGGACACAGCCAGCUACACCACCGCCAAUGCCAUCUUCUCCUCCACCCUCAAGUUCUUCAUGGCUAACUAUAAGGAUACCUCAGACCCCCUCAUCGCGUCCUACAAGUACGGAUCGCUGACAAGAAUCCCAGUUGUGGAGUUCCGAGAGAGACUUAGCAAUUCUCUCCACUUCGCCACAGUCACCGCCGAGCACAUGCUGUUUGACCUCACUACAGGUGUGAACAGCCACAGCCAGGUGUUGGAGGCAGUACAGCAGAUGGAUAUAAACCCCACCACGGACCGCACUGACUGGGACAACCUUAGGGAUAACCGGGACCUUCGCGUCAUGAACACCUGGGACCCCCCCCACAGUUGCCUGAAGGAGGAGGACAUCGCAGCAUCAGUGGCGGCGGACACAGCACUUCUGAGGCUGCGGAACCUUACCCUGCGUCUGGUGGGGGCCGCCUGCACCCUCUGCCCCCCCUCGCCUCAGAACAACAGUGUGGCCGCUGCUAACAAGGAGAACAGUGAGUGUGUGAAUGGUGAAGGUGGCGGCGGUGGUGGUGGUGGUGGCGGUGGUGGUGAUAGUUCCAUAUAUGACAAGCUGACAGACAGACUACAGGAGGAAUAUCAGUGUGUUUAUGAGAGCUAUGCCAAUGCUACCCCCUUGAAGCUUCCUCUCCAGGGCCCAGACACGCCCCGUUUACACCUCUACCUGAAGGGGUCCUACCUGCCGCUGGUGCUGUGUCAUGCCAAGGUCCUGCAGAAGGUUUACAACUACACCCUGGAUCCUACUGGGCCAGACACCAAAACCAUUGAAACACUAAACCAUCACCACCAGUUCAUCACCACCAUUCAGGCAACACCCUUAGACAUCACCCCAGGCACCAACCCCCCCGCCCUUGCCCGCCUCCACCACCUGGCGCAGGCGGUGGGGGUGGCGGCCAUCUUGCUGGGGUGUUGUGUGGUGUUGCUCAAGCCACUGAAGACGCAGCUGGCGAAACGAGGGAAGAAACGCAAGGAGGUUGUUGUUAUGCCAGAAGUCAUCCCACAGCUGUCCAGUUACCUGUCAUCGCUCACCACUCACCUGCAGCGGCUGGAGAAGGCCCUGGUCACCAAACACAAGCAAACCAACCCAUACACCACACAGGAUGCCACAUCAAGGAUCUCAGCCUCUCUCAUAGGCACUAAAGGGCUGGACAAACCUGGACAUGUGUGUGGGAAGCUUAAAGAACCCAAGGAAGCUACAGAAUCGGGAUCUCUCCAAGGGGAAAAGCAGCUGGAAAGCCAAAGUGAGGGUGAUAAGGCCCAAGAUGCAAUGUUAGCAGGUCCAGAUGGUCUCCCAGGGGCUGAAGGGCUGGUAGAUGUGUGUCAUAAGGUUCAGGAGAGUGUGUCGAGGAGUUUAGGAAGACUGGCUUGUUCCUUUGAAUGUAAGGUUAGGUAUUUAAAUUCACUAAAGCUCUAGGGAGAUGUGAGUGCAUGUGUGUGUCUGUGAGUGUGUGUGUGUGUGUGUGUGUGUGUGUGUGUGUGUGUGUGUGUGUGUGUGUGUGUGUGUGUGUGUGUGUGUGUGUGUGUGUGUGUGUGAGAGUGU